AUGGUCGCAUACUGGAGACAAGCGGGACUCAGCUACAUCCGCUUCUCUGCUAUUUGCGCCAGCGCGGUGCGGGCCUCCCUGAAGCCGCAGGUGAAAAGUGAGGCGAUGAAGGCGGCGGAAGCCAGCGUCAAAGUAGUCAAGCCCAAAACAGCAUACUGCUUCUUUCAACAACUGUCGGGAAAAAGGAUGGAGGACUAUGUGAUGUCCUGA